UUGACAGCGUGGUUCAGGCACGCCUCCCUGGAAAUGAGGAGAGAGGAGAGGGCAGGAGAUAAACCGUGGUAGAUUCAGAGGCAGACGUUGGACUGGCAUGGCUGUGUGCAGCUCAGCUCUGCGAUCUACAUGCAUGAGGCUCCUGCCUGGACAUUUGGAUUCUCUCUGCACAGCAACACAGCCUUGAUACGGUGCUGGACAGCCGCAAACAUUGAGCCGUGCUGUGUUUUCACAGCAUGUUGCAGGGCAUUAGGAGAUAAAGAGGGAAUAAAGAGGGGGGACAACCUUACCAGACACUUGAGCGAUGGUCCGUGAGCUUCUCUCUCUCUCGUUUCACAGCGUCAGGCUUUUCUACACAGAGACCUGGGACUAAUGGAGGGAUGCAAUGAUGUUAAUCUCUGCUUGUCAUGCUUGAAUCACAGCUUCAUAUAUCCUUUUGUGUCAGAGACCUCAUUGUCUUUGUCUGUCACCACCGCCAAAUCAACUGUGGGGUAGUGUGGCGGACAGAACUCCCUCCUCACCCCCCCUCUCCCUUGUCUGUGCCCCCGGCUUCUCAUCACUCUCAGCUCGCUCGUGUCUAUUUACCUCUCUUAAGCUACCCUCCCCUCUCUGCUAAGCUUCGUCUUUCUUGCUCUCCCGCUCCCUACUGCUUACUAUCUCCCUCUCUUUGCUCCUUCAAAGCAAGCAGUCUGCUGUUUUAUGCAAGCAGCUUGCUACAUGAUCUCCUGGAAAACUGUUUUCGCCGCUGCUCUGACACCUCACAUUUCCUGAGCCAUUUCAGAUUUUCAUCUCUACAACGGCAGGAUGUUCCUUCAAGAGGAUUGAUCCCCAUCCACCCCCUUUCAUUUUCCCCUUUCCCUCCCUUGUCCUGAUCUCCUGCCCUCUGACCCUCACCCUCUUGUUCUCUACCCCCACCCAACCUUUCCUAUUCACCCUUACCCCAAGCCUCUUUCCCCCAUAAUUUAUUUCCCCCCCUUGACCAUGUUGCCAUGUGUCUGCUGGCUCCAACUUAUCCUCAUCUUGCUGUCCUCUGUCUUAUGGACCCUGGGGGAAAACUGCCCAGCAACCUGCCUGUGCCCAGAUCCUCACACUGUGGACUGCAGUGGCCGUGGGCUGACCCGUUUACCCGAUGAGAUCCCCCUGGAUGUGCGCAGGCUUUUGCUGGCUGACAAUUGGAUACCCCGCAUCCCUUCGGACUUCCUGGUUCUGUACAGUGACUUGGUCUACCUGGACCUUCGGAACAACUCCCUCUCCCACAUAGAACCUGGGACUCUCAGCACCACUUCCAGGCUGGUCUUCCUGGAUCUGGGCAGCAACAAUCUGACUGAAAUCCCUAAGGGGACAUUUGGGGAGUCCCGUAGCCUGAUCAAACUACGGCUGGGCAACAACCCAUAUUUGAGCAUGGUGAAUGAGGAGGCUUUCCUGGGCCUCACUUCUUUGAGAGAACUGGAAUUGGAGCGUAAUGCACUGUCUACCCUAAAGGUGGGGGCACUGAGUCAGUUGCCCUCACUGCGGGUGGUUAGGCUAGAGGGCAACCCUUGGGUGUGCAACUGCAACUUUGCCAACCUGUUCACAUGGCUGAUCGAGAACAGUCACAAGCUUCCAAAUGGGGUCGAAGGCAUGGAGUGCUCCCUCCCAAUGGACGGCAGACGUGUAUCCCUGACCCAGCUCUCAAAGGACAGCUUCCGUGAAUGCCAGGCCACCCUGACUCUAACAGACCUGCUCAUCAUCAUUUUCUCUGGCAUCUCGGUGUCUGUGGUGGCCAUCAUGACAAGCUUCUUCCUGGCUUCAACUGUUCAUUGCUUCCAGCGCUGGAGUAAAGGCACAAAGGGUGAUGAAGAAGAGAGUGAGGAGUGAGAAGGGAUUUACCUUUAAGGGCCUGCAUGGUCCUGGUAUACGUCAAACAAUGAGAGGACACCACAGACAGUGUGUACUUCAUGUGACAAGUUUCAUGCUGCUUCUUCCCUGGUGAAUAUCAGGACUGUUUGACGGUAGGAUCUUGCCCUGGUAUGGUCGCAGUUGUUUUCUUUGCACAUGGACAUACGUGAAGGACACUCCCGAGUAAUGAGCCAAAGUCCCAGUAACAAUUAGUGAGUACCCUACUCCACUUGCAAAAUGAUAUUAUAGAGAUCGUAUUUUUGCCUGUGAGAGCCUAUAGUAAUCUUUUAUGGAUAUAGGCUCUUGGCUCGAUGUUAUAGGUGUGCACAGAUAAAGUGAGGUUAACACCUUUAUAAUGAGAGAGAAAAAUAUACAUUAAAAAAGUGUUGCUGCAGUGCCGUCACGUUCAGUCUUAGACAAGCCGAUAACUUCUCAACGUGUAAUCCCAUUGGACACACAACUCUGGAGUCUGAAAUCCUGUAAAGUGACACUGAAGUUAGUGCAAAAUUUUAGAUGAUUUUUAUUGGGGCUUUAACAGAGUAAGGCAGAAUGCUUGAUCCCGUUAAAAAAAAAGGAUGUCAUACCGACCAAUGACCUCAGUAUUUAACUGCCUAAAAUGAUAUGCUGGCAUAUCCUGCCAUUUACAAUGUCCUGUUCGGACAACCUCACUCACUAACAUUCAAAAGUGGUUCACAAGCACUGUUGCUUACUGUUGUUGUUCUUUCUGCAUUGUGAAGUGCAAAAGAAGGAUUUGGACAAUAGUGAGAUGUUAGGUAGCUGUAGGCAGCAAGAGUUUCCAGUGCACAUUCUCUCAGCAGUAUCUUCAUUAUAUAAUCACAAAUUUAUGUACAAAAGAAAACAAUGUACAGACAAACAUAUAAAUCAUGAGGAUGUACUGUAUGUACCUUAGAUUGAGAACUGUGAACUGUGUAGAAAGAUAUAGAAAGAUAUCUAAAAUAACAUUAUAAUCUUAAAAAUCUUGGCAAAUACGGUAUUAAAAUAGAAUCUAUGUAGAACUGAUGUGUCAAAUAACGCACUUUAUAUGGUGAACCUGAUUUUGGCAAGCCCCUAAUUCCACUAUGUAGACUGGUUUAGUCUUCAUCUGCCAAAGAUUAGGUGAGGGAGAAAUUAAAAAUAAAGACUUUAUUGUGGAUGAUGUGUUAUUUAGUGAGGUAGAGAUAGCUGCCUAACAGGAGACGGCGCCAUAGCCAAAUCACACUCUGUAUACACACAUUGUACUCAGUCAAACAGUUAUGGUCUCCAAAGAUUUUUUCUCCGAGUCUAUCUGUGACUGAACCAGCUGUCUUACUUCACUUCACACACAGUCUUUAACCUCGAUUACUACAGAAAGAAUAGUCAUUUACUGAGGGUGAGUUAUUUAUGGGAGUGGCUGGCAAGAGGUUUGUCUCUUGAGAUAUAAAUAGGUGACUUUUGUUUUGUUUAUGAAAUCCAGAAUGGAUACAUCAUGGACUCUCAGUCAGCUUCUCCUUCUACUAAAGAUCUUCCAAUAUCUUGUACUAAAACUGCAUAUCGUGGAAAAGUCUUAUCAGAACUCUUACUGUAUCAUCCAGAUCUGCAUUCACAAGAGUGACCGUACAGUAGAAUCUGAAUUAAAUAAAGCAGUGCCCUGAAUAUAAUGGGUUUCUGUUUGUUAUUUACAUCCCGUAUAUUUAAAUCCUCCUCCAUUUGGCUUUGGAAUGCUCAAAGCAUUUUUAUCCCCCCCCAAAGGUAAGGCAUUACUUAUCACAUUCUUGUAAAAGGCAUGAAUAAUUCAGUGAAAUUGAGAUAUGAAGCAGAAAGAAUGUCAAGCCAUUAAAUGCAAACAAGCAAGAUGAUAGAAGAAAGAGCCACGAGCAAGUCAUUGUUUUCUGUGUGGUUAACAAAAAGAUGAAAAGGAAUUCCAAACGCCCGUGUCCCUUUUAGAACAAGUCAUAACCCUGAAUGUGCAGUAUUGUCAAGCACAUUUUUGCAGGAAUGACAAGAAGUAAAUGUGGCCUUAUUUAUUUUUUGUUAGUUUUCAUUAGUAUCAGUGUCAAUAAAAGCACAAAGAUCUCACAGGAAACUAAUGUGAUUUUAGUACACUCUUUUAAAGGAUGUGUCAUGUUAUAUGUUGACAUCAGCCUGUAUUGUCUUAUUAAUGUAUAUUGUCAUGUGUCGAAAUGCCACAUCCUUAUAAACAGUGUAGAUUUGUAUUAUGGAUGUCGUGUAUUUACCGGAAUUCAAAUCAUAUGGGAAACAAAUGCAAAUUAAUAUUCAACGCCCUGUAUUUCCAAGUAAAUUUUUCUAUAGUAAGCAUCCAAACAAUUCAAGGAUUGUGUGAGAAUGUAUAAUAUUUUAAUUUGUUUUUUAUUUUUAUUAUCAUGCUAUGUGGUUAACAAGCUAUAGACUGAAACACAAAGUAUGCUGCUCCUUUGUUCACAUGUCCUGUAAAUGGAUCAACUCCUGGACAAGAUGCUGACGUUAUGCCUGGGACAUGUAGCUUUAGCCUCAGCCUGUUAGCAUUAUAUCAUCUACGCAUGCAUUUAAGACCCUUGUGUCACAUGGAGACAUCAGCGCGAGGAGUUCAAGCAUUGGCAUUCGCUUACAUUAGCUGGCUAUAAAAUCUGCUGGCAAGAGUCGUCAAUUUAGCCAAUUAAAAUCAACACUCGUCAGCUCGAAAUCCUUCUUUUGUUUACUUCUGUGAAGAAUUGGAGGCCUAGUGUUUAAAAAAUGACUGCGGAUCUCAAAGACAAAUAUGCCACCGUUAUCACUGUAAACUGUGCAGUGCGAGAAUGGAAAGCUUGACAGGUGUAGCAACAGAGACUGAAAAGGAAGGAGAGUGGGGCUAGCAAUGGGUCAAUUUUAAAAUCAAGUACAGUUCUGAAGGGGAUGGAAUUUCAUAUCUAAAGUCUGCCAUUCAUGUUUCUUACCACAGUUUGAUCAAUAUUAGUGAACAUUAAUAUUCCUUAUGAUACCUGCAAUUACUGUAGGUUAAGAGAGAGUGAGGGUAUUGAGGGGACAUUUUGGAAACUCCAAACGAAAAAUGUAAAAACGUUGAUUUUGUCCAGAAGGCGAGUUUCCAGUUGUUGACAUGAAAGGAGCAAGUUCUCAAAAAUAAAAUGUUUAAUGCUAAAUAUGCUAAAUAGUCUUAAUGCAAGACUUAAGUGAAUAAAUUAGGUUGAGAACAGAUGAGAUGCUGUUUUCUUAACCAAUAUCUGAUGGUGCAGAGGUGCAAGGAAUCAGAGGGAGAGUUUUUAUACAUAUCAUUAUCAUUUCCAACUACUGUGUAGUUACUGUAUAUUAACAAAUUAUUAUGUUAGCUUAGCUGUUAGCUUGAAGCAUAUGUUAGCAUGACAAUUUCCUUUCUCUUUAUUCAUUUUAAUUAAAAAAAAAAUCAGCACAUUAGAGCAUGCACUGUUGAGUUACCUACAGUAUAAAGUUCAGAUUCAUGUCUAUUUUUCUAUUAAACCUUUUAGAAUGAAGCAUUUAUUUACUCUGUCAGUGCCCCCUAAUUUUCUGGCAUUGUGCACCCUGGAAAGCAGAGACUUUGGUGGCUGCAUUCGUACAGUCAGUUUGUCUUGACAUUGCUUAAAAUACCAAAAUCCAUGUUAUGUUUUGUCAGAUAAAUGUCAGAAUGGCUCAAAUCUAAAUUAAGUGACACAAAAGAGUGUGACGUUGUUGCUGCAGCUGAAUGCAUUUCCAAAUGUCUAACAGACACUGUCAAACAGACCGUAUGUGUAGCUGUAUAUUGAUGUUUGGUAAAAAAUAAAAAUAAAAUCUUUUUUUUUUCUG